AUGGCUCCCAUGAAGAACAUUCUUGCCGCGCUUGCGCUGGCCUCUUAUGUCUCGGCUGUGCCCAUGGCCGUCGACCGUCGCGCCGAAAUGGUCACCGAAACCGAAUGGGUGACGGUCGAGACCACCACCACCGUCUGGGUCAACGAGCCCUCCCCGGCGGCUCAGGCCGAGAACACUCCUCCCAAGGCCGCCGCUGCCGUGACCACUUCCGCCCCCGCCCCGCCGGCAGCUACUACCCCUGCCGCUGCUGCGGCUCCUGCGCCUGUUGCGCCCCAGGACAACGCUGCUCCUGCUGCGUUCGCUGAGCAGCCUCAAGCAGCCCAGCCCAGCGCCCCAGCCGUGUCCAGCUCUGCCGCGGUGGUCCAGCAGGCGCCCCCCGCUUCCACUCCUACCGUUCAGCCCAAGACCGCUGGUGCUUCGAGCGGCGGCCCUUGCGAAGGUGAGGGCAGCGCCUGCACUGGCGACGUAACGCACUAUGACGGCGGUCUCGGUGCCUGUGGCUGGAAUGUCGAUACCGCCAGCGACAUGGCCAUUGCCCUACCCCACGGUCUCAUGGGCACCCAAUCCAACGGCAACCCAUACUGCGGUCGCAGUCUGUCCAUCAAGGCCUCUGACGGCUCCGUCGUCAAGGCCACUGUUGGCGACAAGUGCAUGGGCUGUGAAGGCCAGAGCAUUGACCUGACCGACAAGCUGUUCGCCGCAGUCGUUCCCAAUGGCGAUGGCCGCGUUAGUGGUGUCGAAUGGUGGUUCGACUAG